AGAAGAAACUACAAAUAAGAAAAAAAAAUAAUUAUUUUUGAAGGGUGAUCGAUCUGCAUUAAAAUAGGAAAGCUUUUAUUGUGAAAGAAAAGUUUCAAUUCCGGUCUGAUGCUUCUGAGUCAGUUUUUUUUUUUUUUUUUUUUUUUGACUCGACUGGAUCAUCAGGUGGUCUCUAAUCCAGACUUGGUUCCGUGUUGGGUUUCAGCACCGCGGUCAGCUCCGAACCCCUCCUCUUCCUCUGAGAGACAAGAGCCUUUCCACAUCCACGGUUCCUCCCGAGUUUGUCCCCUCGUGGACCCCUCCCCCUGUAGGAUUUAUUCGAGUUAAAUCCCUCCUUUCUGUCGCUGACUGCUGGAGUUACAACAUCAGGACUGUGUGGAAGAGAAAUCAUUUAGCUUUAGAUUUAGACUGACGCCAGGGUUCCCUCCCCCACCUCUUCUGACGAGAAGCAACAGUCUGCAGCUUUCAUUAGUCUGGAUUUGGAUCUUCAAGCCGAUCUGCAUCGUUUUUUUUUAAAUUUAAUUUAAUUUUUAAUUUAUUUUUUUUACUUAGUUUUAGCCUUGCUGCAGCUGUAGUCUCCCGCUAGCAGCAGCAUGUUGGAUCCGUCUUCCAGUGAGGAGGAAGGGGACGAGCUCCUCAAAGAGACACCGGCUCCAAAGAGCUUGGGAGGAGCGCCACCGUCCGCGGACCGAGGCAGCUCCGAGGGCCACGGCGGCGGAAGGCUUCAGCCCCGGGGCCGAGGUAGCGCCGGGGGGCGGCCUUCCAGUCCCAGCCCGUCGGUGGGAAGCGACAAGGAGAAGGAGGACCUGGAGAAGCUGCAGAGAGAGGAGGAGGAGAAGAAGAAGCGGCUCCAGCUCUAUGUGUUUGUGAUGCGCUGCAUCGCCUAUCCGUUCAACGCCAAGCAGCCCACMGACAUGGCCCGGAGACAGCAGAAGAUCAGUAAGCUCCAGCUGCAGACAGUCAAAGAUCAUUUUCAAGCGUUCCUUAAUGGAGACACUCAGAUUGUGGCUGAUGAGGCGUUUAUCAAUGCUGUUCAGAGCUACUAUGAGAUCUUCCUGAAAAGUGACAGGGUGUCCCGGAUGGUACAGAGUGGUGGCUUCUCAGCCAGUGACUCUCGGGAGGUUUUUAAGAAGCACAUAGAGAAGCGGGUGCGUAGUCUGCCAGAGAUCGAUGGCCUCAGCAAAGAGACAGUGCUUAGCUCCUGGAUAGCGAAAUUUGACACCAUUUAUCGUGGCGAAGAAGACCCCAGAAAGCAUCAGCAGAGACUGACAGCAAGCGCAGCCUCUGAGCUCAUCCUCAGCAAGGAUCAGUUGUAUGAGAUGUUCCAGCAGAUCCUGGGAGUAAAGAAGUUUGAGCACCAGCUCCUCUAUAAUGCCUGCCAGCUUGACAACCCAGAUGAGCAGGCGGCUCAGAUCAGAAGAGAACUGGAUGGACGCUUACAGAUGGCAGAUCAGAUUGCUCGGCUUGGUGGAAGGUUUCCAAAAUUCAUCUCCAGAGACAUGGAGGCCAUGUACAUUGAGGAGCUGCGGUCUUCUGUUAAUCUGUUGAUGGCAAACUUGGAGAGCAUGCCAGUGUCCAAAGGAGGAGAGUUCAAGCUGCAGAAGCUAAAACGAGGCCACAACACAUCUAUUAUGGACAUGGGCCAGGAGGAUGAGAAUAUGCUGUCCAAGUCUGAUGUUGUGUUGUCCUUCACCCUGGAGGUGGUAAUAAUGGAAGUCCAGGGUCUGAAGUCCUUGGCUUCAAACAGAAUAGUUUACUGCACAAUGGAGGUCGARGGAGGCCAUAAACUACAGACGGACCAAGCUGAAGCCUCCAAACCAAUUUGGGGAACUCAGGGUGACUUCACCACCACCCAGCCAUUACCUGCAGUCAAGGUAAAGCUGUUCACUGAGAGCACAGGUGUCCUGGCUCUUGAAGAUAAGGAGCUCGGCAGGAUUGUACUUCACCCAACUCCCAACAGUCCCAAACAGUGUGAUCUCCAUAAAAUGUCAGUUUCUAAAGGCCUCCCAGAUGACCUCAAGAUAAAACUGGCCAUUCGCAUGGACAAGCCACAGAAUAUGAAGCAUUGUGGGUACCUAUGGGCCAUAGGCAAAAAUGUGUGGAAACGAUGGAAGAAAAGAUUCUUUGUGUUGGUUCAGUUUGCCAUGUGCAGCUACAGAGAGAAGAAGGCUGAACCUGUGGAGCUUCUUCAGCUUGAUGGCUACACUGUGGACUACACUGACCCUCAGCCAGGUCUAGAUGGUGGUAGGACAUUCUUCAAUGCUGUAAAAGAGGGCGACACUGUGAUCUUUGCCAGCGAUGACGAGCAGGACCGUAUCUUGUGGGUUCAGGCAAUGUACAGGGCCACGGGUCAAUCACACAAACCAGUACCACCCACCCAGGUCCAAAAGCUCAAUGCCAGAGGGAGCACAGCACCACAACUUGAUGCACCUAUAUCUCAGUUCUCUGGAUUAAAGGAUGCUGAUCGAGCCCAAAAACAUGGUAUGGAUGAAUUUAUUUCGGCCAACCCAUGCAACUUUGACCAUGCCUCCCUGUUUGAGCUGGUGCAGCGUCUCACCCUCGAUCACAGACUGAACGACUCCUACUCCUGCCUGGGUUGGUUCAGUCCCGGUCAGGUAUUUGUUUUGGACGAAUACUGUGCUCGCUAUGGAGUUAGAGGCUGCCAUCGGCAUUUAUGUUACCUUGGUGAUCUGCUGGAGAGAGCAGAAAAUGGUGCCAUGAUUGACCCCACACUUCUUCACUACAGCUAUGCCUUCUGCGCCUCUCACGUUCAUGGAAACAGUCAACGUGUGUCUGAGUUGGUAAACUGGCCAGUUUCUGAGGCUGAACUUGAACGAGCCCUGUUCCCCUCCACCCCAGACUCUCCCACUCAAACAGCUAAAAGAGAGCUCAGAAUAAUUGAAUUCAUAAAGAAAAGGGACUUCAGAGCUGCAGUUUUCUCAGAAACCAGAAGGCCUGAUGGUAUUGGUACAGUGACAGGGGAGGAAAAAGAACGCUUUGAGGAGAUCAAGGAAAGGCUACGAGUGCUUCUGGAAAACCAAAUUACACACUUCAGAUACUGCUUUCCAUUUGGACGACCAGAGGGAGCACUAAAGGCAACUCUGUCUUUGCUAGAACGGGUUCUGAUGAAAGACAUCGUCACCCCAGUCCCACAAGAAGAAGUCAAAGCUGUGAUCAGGAAGUGUCUGGAGCAGGCAGCUGUGGUCAACUAUCAGCGCUUGUCAGAGUAUGCAAAACUGGAAGAGAAUGUAGGGCGUUUAGUCACCCCUGCCAAAAAACUGGAGGACACCAUCCGCUUGGCUGAGUUGGUGAUUGAGGUCCUUCAGCAGAAUGAAGAACACCAUGCUGAGGGAAAUGAGGCCUUUGCAUGGUGGUCCAACCUGAUGGUGGAGCACGCUGAGACCUUUCUGUGCCUUUACUCAGCUGACAUGGAUGCAGCCCUUGAAGUUCAGCCACCUGACAGCUGGGACAGUUUCCCCCUCUUCCAGCUUCUCAAUGACUUCUUGAGAAUAGACA